GCUUCUCUGCAAGCAUCGUCAUCUCCUCAAACAAACAAACCACUUCAUUCAUAUACAUUAUCAAGAUGGCAAAAUUCGAUUUUGAACUCCGACUCGUUAAACUUGAGAAAUCCCUGCCAUACAUCAUUGCGCCUCUCCUUGUUUUCUCGCUUGGGCUUCAAAAGUUCAUAAAUUUGGACAAAUCGGAUCAGGAUGUCCUAUUCUGGUCCCAGAUAUGCUUCAGCACAAGCCUAUGCCACUUUGUCUAUAGACAAUCAGAUGCGAUGCACCAUCGCUCGUUACCAGGGGCGCUAGAGGAGAAAGCAAAUUGAGGAGAUAUAAACAAGUGGCUUUGGGUGAUAAGUUGAGAAAACAUAUAGAUGUGGAGUACAAUUGAACAAUAUAUCUUUUUACAGCCUGUAAUGUUAAGGAAACGAACUUGAAUGACUAUAGCACAAUUCCGCAGGUAAAAUGUCAUUUGGUUCUAAGUUGUAUGGUCUGAAAGCGGUGUACCCCAAUCGCUUCGUACAAUUUUUAAGAUACGAACACGUGGUGCGAAGUGCGAAAUGCGAAAUGCGAAAUGCGAAAUGCGAAAUGUGAAAUGUGAAAUGUGAAAUGUGA